UAUAUUGAUACGUGUCGACGAGGAGAGCCACGCACGACUCGCUACGACUUGCCAAUCGGGCAUACGCAGCCGAGUUUUCCUCGGGUUCUCGUUUUAAUCUAGUGUCUUUGCGGCAUUGUUGACUCGAGAGUAAGUGAAAAGACGUCGUAGCACCGUGACCCUUUAGAAUAGUUACACCUCGGAUUCGAGAUGGGAUUCAAAUUCCUAGAGGUGAUAAAGCCGUUUUGCAGUAUACUUCCGGAAAUAGAGAAGCCGGAACGUAAGAUUCAGUUUCGAGAGAAGGUACUAUGGACUGCGAUUACUCUAUUUAUCUUUUUAGUAUGUUGUCAGAUUCCUCUGUUUGGAAUUAUGUCUUCAGACAGUGCCGAUCCUUUCUAUUGGAUUCGAGUAAUUCUUGCAUCAAAUAGAGGAACUCUUAUGGAACUGGGAAUUUCUCCCAUUGUCACGUCUGGUUUGAUCAUGCAACUAUUGAGUGGUACGAAAAUAAUUGAAGUUGGCGAUACUCCAAAGGAUAGAGCUCUUUUCAAUGGCGCUCAAAAAUUAUUUGGAAUGGUUAUCACUGUUGGUCAAGCAAUUGUAUAUGUAAUGACUGGAAUGUACGGCGAUCCGACAGAGAUUGGAGCUGGCGUUUGUUUAUUAAUUAUUAUUCAGUUGUUCGUUGCUGGAUUAAUAGUAUUAUUGUUGGAUGAAUUGCUCCAAAAAGGAUACGGAUUAGGAAGCGGAAUCUCUCUCUUCAUUGCUACAAACAUUUGUGAGACAAUCGUAUGGAAAGCGUUUUCUCCAGCUACAGUUAACACUGGGCGCGGCACAGAAUUCGAGGGUGCAGUAAUCGCAUUGUUUCAUUUGCUCGCUACGAGACAGGACAAAGUUCGAGCUCUUCGUGAAGCGUUCUACAGACAAAACCUUCCCAAUCUUAUGAAUUUACUUGCAACUAUCCUAGUGUUUGCCAUUGUGAUUUACUUCCAAGGUUUCCGUGUUGACUUGCCAAUCAAAUCUGCCAGGUACAGAGGGCAGUAUAGCAGCUAUCCUAUUAAACUAUUCUACACGAGCAACAUUCCCAUCAUUCUUCAGUCUGCGUUGGUGUCGAAUUUAUAUGUUAUUUCACAAAUGCUGGCUGUCAAGUUUCAAGGAAACAUUAUUGUGAAUUUGUUGGGAGUGUGGUCCGAUAUUGGCGGUGGUGGUCCAGCACGAUCUUAUCCUGUUGGUGGAUUGUGUUACUAUUUGUCACCGCCAGAAUCUGUAGGCCAUAUACUUCAAGAUCCCAUCCACGCUAUUCUUUACAUUCUUUUCAUGCUUGGUUCUUGUGCUUUCUUUUCGAAAACGUGGAUCGAGGUUUCUGGUAGCUCAGCAAAAGCCGUCGCAAAACAGUUGAAGGAGCAACAAAUGGUAAUGAGAGGCCACAGGGACAAUUCUAUGAUUCACGAAUUAAAUAGAUAUAUUCCGACCGCGGCAGCAUUUGGUGGAUUGUGUAUCGGUGCUCUGUCUGUACUGGCCGAUUUCCUUGGUGCAAUCGGUUCAGGUACUGGUAUUUUACUCGCUGUCACGAUCAUAUACCAGUACUUUGAGAUCUUCGUUAAAGAACAAAGUGAAAUGGGUGGAAUGAGUACGCUACUUUUCUAAACUCAAUUUACAUAGACUUUAAAAGUGAACUUUUUUAAUUCUGACUGAAUAAUAAUUUAUUGUGAAAUAAGUCCACUCGACGUUGAAUAGUGUUGAUUACUCGAUGGAGUAAUGGAAGGUCUUCAAUACGAAUCAAAUCGCACAUUUUUAUUCCCUGUUUGCCGUUAAGAGGAUCACAUGUAUAAAUACAUAUAUAUUACAUGA